AUUCGAUGAGAUUCAAAGUUGAAUCCAUUUUAUAUAUUCAAUAUUAGGAACAUAUGAUUUUCAAAGUAGUUUUAAUGCAUACACAAUAAUGAGACCAGCAGUUAAUUCGGUCAUCAACUCAGCCGUACGACAGUCAAUCAACGUCUCAAUACAAAAUGAAUCGGCGCCGAUGACGGAAAAAAUAACAAAUUUUGAUAUACAUCGAGCUAAUUUCAUUUGGCCAGAAGAUCCAGAAGAAGAACUGCCAGUCAAUUUUCCUAGAUUCAAUCAACGUUUUCAACAUCGUCGCUUACAUAUGAGUGCCAUGGUGCCAUUUGGAGUAAUGUUAGUACUGUCUACAAUUAUUUUCAUCAUGAUCAUUUUUCGUCGUUGGCCCGGCGUUGUGUCUGGCAUAGUAGCUGGCUGCUUGACAUUUAUUUCCAUUUAUUUGCUACUGCUUACCCUUAAAGAAGAAGUGCUAGUUUACGAAUGAAUACAAACAAAUUUACUGAUGAAUAGGCAUUUGAAAAAAGUUCGUUAAUUCAAUAUCAAGUAUCAAAUUGAAAUAAUCGAAAUU